AUGUCGAAGAUCAACGUCGUUGUACUUGUGGCCAUGUCCGUGCUCCUGCUCGCCGUCCAGGCUCGUCCCUCCGAUUCCCCGGAUGCCCAUGCCGAGAUCCGGAGCUUUGUCAACGAGCUGAAGCAGGGGGAUGGCAGCUACAACUACCAGUUCGAGACGUCCAACGGCAUUGCCCAGCAGGAGCAGGGAGUGGGUGGCUACUACGCCAGCGGCUCAUCGCAGUACUACACACCCGAGGGCCAGCUCAUCCAGUUGACCUACACGGCCGACGAGAACGGAUUCCAGCCGCAGGGCGAACACCUGCCCACACCGCAUCCCAUUCCCGAGGCCAUCCUGAAGUCGCUGGAGUACAAUCGCAACCACCCGGAGGAGGAUGGGGAGUACGAGCACCAUCAGCAUCACCAGAGCCAUGGUCAGGAGCAGGGCGCGCAGUAUCUGCAGCCAGCCGGAGCUCUGCUCGCACCCGCCUCGUCGCCAGUGGUGUCCGUGGGUCAGGUCCUGCCCUACGACAGGAAGGUAUAA